AUGAGCCAGGCACUGUUGGGCGCCGAUGCUGAUAUCGAUGAAUGCCGGACCAUCCCCGAGGCCUGCCGAGGAGACAUGAUGUGUGUGAACCAAAACGGCGGGUACCUGUGCAUCCCCCGGACAAACCCAGUGUAUCGGGGGCCCUACUCGAACCCCUACUCCACCUCCUACUCAGGUCCAUACCCAGCAGCUGCCCCUCCGCUCCCGGCUCCAAACUACCCCACGAUUUCCAGGCCUCUCAUCUGCCGCUUCGGAUUCCAGAUGGAUGAAGGCAACCAGUGUGUGGAUGUGGACGAGUGUGCAACCGAUUCCCACCAGUGCAACCCCACCCAGAUCUGCAUCAACACGGAAGGAGGGUACACCUGCUCCUGCACCGACGGCUACUGGCUCCUGGAAGGCCAGUGCUUAGACAUUGAUGAAUGUCGCUAUGGCUAUUGCCAGCAGCUGUGCGCGAAUGUUCCUGGAUCCUAUUCCUGUACUUGCAACCCUGGUUUUACCCUCAACGAGGAUGGAAGGUCUUGCCAAGACGUGAAUGAGUGUGCGGCCGAGAACCCCUGCGUGCAGACCUGCGUCAACACCUACGGCUCCUUCAUCUGCCGCUGUGACCCAGGAUAUGAACUCGAGGAUGACGGAGUUCGUUGCAGUGACAUGGAUGAGUGCAGCUUCUCCGAGUUCCUCUGCCAACACGAGUGUGUGAACCAGCCCGGCACGUACUUCUGCUCCUGCCCCCCUGGCUACAUCCUGCUGGAUGACAACCGGAGCUGCCAGGACAUCAACGAGUGCGAGCACAGAAACCACACGUGCACCCUGCAGCAGACCUGCUACAAUCUGCAAGGGGGGUUCAAGUGCAUUGACCCCAUCCGCUGUGAGGAGCCGUACAUUCAGAUCAGCGAUAACCGCUGUAUGUGUCCCGCCGAGAACACCGGCUGCAGAGACCAGCCCUUCACCAUCCUGUACCGGGACAUGGACGUGGUGUCCGUACGCUCCGUUCCUGCUGACAUCUUCCAGAUGCAAGCCACCACCCGCUACCCCGGCGCUUACUACAUCUUCCAGAUCAAGUCUGGGAAUGAGGGCCGAGAAUUCUAUAUGCGGCAAACAGGCCCCAUCAGUGCCACCCUGGUGAUGACACGCCCCAUCAAAGGGCCCCGGGACAUACAGCUGGACUUGGAGAUGAUCACUGUCAACACCGUCAUCAACUUCAGGGGCAGUUCCGUGAUCCGACUGCGGAUAUACGUGUCGCAAUACCCGUUCUGAGCCGGGGCCGGAGCCGCCGACACGCCUCUCACCAGCACCAAGGGCCAGGAGACGGGGAGCGACGAGAGGGAGAAUGAGAGGGAGACAGACGCCCCGCCUUUCCUGCUGAACGUCCCCCAGAGUCAGCCCCGCUGUCCUGGCCACGCCUGCAUUAUCGUAGACCUGCCGAUCGGAGGACACGCUGCCCCAGUUCCUACAGUGCAGUUAUCGACAAGGGUUAUCCUUGGCACCCUGGCCCCAGGGUCACGGUGAUUUUCCAGGCCUUCCGUUUACCUUCAUAUUUUUCAAAGAAAUAGAUUAGGUUUGCUGGGGUCUGAGUUCAUGUUCAAAGACUGGGAACAGAGUCCUCCCCGCUCCUCCGUGCCUCCCCAUCCCCCCCUCCCGCGUCCACGCGCUGAUUGCCGCUUUGCAAAGGCCCACAGAGCCCCCGGGGACGCUGUGUGUAGCUAGUCCGCUUCCUGUAUGCACAGAGAAGGCUAUGGAGAGAAGCCACUGCAGGACCAAAGGGUUCUUACAGAGUCUAUGCCAAAACCGCGUCUGGUAUCUGCAGCCGUAAAAGAAGGUUUAGAGUUGUCCUGAAACUUGUAUAACUGUUUAAUCCUUUCUUUUUGUUCAUUUUGAGUUUUCGUGUUUUGUUUUGUUUUUAAUUAAAGAAAAAGAAUA